CCCUGCGCACAAGUGCAGCAGGAAUCUCAUUCUCGUUCCCAGAAGCAAACAGCCACGCUGCAUUGCCGAGGACUCUUGCGUUCCGCGUGCCGAUGGAGGGAGCGAGAGCGCUGUGUCUGGCGCUGCUGGUGUCCGCGGUCGUGUCGGCGUCCUCCAGCGGCGAGGCCGCGAGCGGCCAGCCGGCGGCGACGCCCGGGCCGGACACGAACGUGCUGUGCGUGAGCAAGUGCGGGACGUGCCCGACGGUGUGCUCGACGCCCCCGCCGCCGACAGCCUCGUCGUCGGACGCGGGGGACAGCACCGCGCCGCCGACGCCGAAGAGCGGCGGCGGCGGAGGCGGGUCCUCGUCGCCGCCGAGCAACUACUACUACUUCUUCACUGCGGCGGGGAGCCGGAGCAGCUGCGCUGGGGCGAGCGCCUACGCGCUGGUGUUCCUGGCGCUGCUGUCUGUGGCUGCCAAUUUGCAGUGAGUGGCUGGUGUGCGUGAGUUCUUCCUCUCCCCCGGUGAUCAUCGUACGGUACGCCCAGCAGAUGUGACAAGUUCGGUUCGCAAACUUGUUUCUUCCUCAGUAGUCAGUACUACUAUUUCGCAGCGAUAUCACGAACAGCCUCUGCUGCUUGUGUUUGAUCAUGGUCGUGUUCGCUGUCCAUUGUUGCGUGUCCGCCGAGACUUGUGCACCGCAUUCACCGAAGGCACGCCAACAGCACAAGUGCACUAGCGCACAAAUGUGCUGAGGGAGUGUUUGUUUUUCACCAUUUAAUUGCUCUGUUAACCUAAGUAAUUUGCCCCCUUCUCAA